AUGAGAGUCGAGCUGCCCAAUUCCAAUAUGGUGGUCGGCUGGGCAGACUUACGUUUCUUGUUGUUGAUAUUGUUCCUCUGCGGGUUCAGGUUCGCCGCCUGCAGCCAACAAGCCCCGCAGGUCUUGGGGUUGCGACUGGAGGACACCAAAGAUCAAGUGUUUAUGCGCGGGCGAAUUAUCUCGGCGCCGUACGGAUCUAGUUUUAAGGUUCGAUUAUUUGGUUUCUACCUACUUAAUGGGACUUGGCCGUGGGUCGCAUUCGCCCAAGCAACUGAGGGGGAGGCAGGUGCUGUUGGGGAGGCGGCAGAUCCUUGUGGGCAGGAGAGUAGACGUAAGUCGGCUGCUUUUCAAGUUUAUGGGGAGUUUGGAGCGGACGAGGAGAAUAGUGGUGUCAUAGAGGUCCAGGCGGUACCAUCCGAUCAAGAGAAGGACAUCGAUUCGGUAAUCCAUCACUUUUGUGUACUGAAAGACCAGAAAUGGGUGUCGCUGGGUCUAGAUAGAUUACAUGUUGUGAAUUUGCCGCCUGAUUAUAUUCCGUCGUGGGGUUUGGCAAUAACAAUUAUUAUUUUGAUCAUUGUUUGUGCGGCUAUAAGAUGCCUGGAUAUCAGCCUUUUGUGGCUUGAUCCUUUGGAGUUGUAUGUACUGCACAGCUGUGGCUCCGAGGACGAGAAACGAACUGCUAAACGCCUAGAGCCAAUCAGGAGGAGAGGAAACUUUCUGAUUUGUUCAUUGUUGUUUAUUUGUGCUUUAGGGCACUCAGUACUUGGAGUGUUGUUUUACCGAGCUUUGGGAUCUAUCCUACCAGCCGUGUUCACAAGCGCUUUCCUAAUCUUCCUCAUAGCUGAGUUGAUACCGCACAUAAUAUGCUCGGCUUAUGGAUUCCAACUUGCCCCGGGUAUGACAUGGCUGGCUCAGGUGUGUAUGAUCUUGACGUGUCCACUGUCCUGUCCUCUCGGUUUGGUUCUUGACUUGGCUUUACGCCGCGAUGUGAGCACUUGCGGGAUACGAGAGAAGGCAAUGGAGAUGGUACGUAGUAACAUUAACGAUCCGUACAAUGAGUUUGUCAAGGAGGAAUUCAGCAGGGGUGCUCUCAGAACCAAAACCGUAGAAGACAUCUUAACCCCACUCAAAGACUGUUUCAUGCUUCCUUCAACCGCCGUACUGGAUUUCAGUACCAUGUCGGAGAUCAUGCAGAGCGGUUACACACGAGUUCCAGUGUACGAGGAAGAGCGCUCCAAUAUAAUCGAGAUUCUCUACGUUAAAGAUCUCGCAUUAGUUGACCCAGACGACUACACACCGAUGACCACCAUCACUAAAUUCUACAAUCACCCGCUACACUUCGUCUUCAACGACACGAAGCUGGACGCCAUGCUAGAGGAAUUCAAAAAAGGUAAUUCCCAUAUGGCCAUCGUACAGAGGGUGAAUAAUGAAGGAGAGGGAGACCCGUUCUACGAGGUGCUGGGACUGGUCACGCUAGAGGACGUUAUCGAAGAGAUCAUCAAGUCGGAGAUCCUGGACGAAAAUGAUGGUUACCUUGAUAUGAAAGUGAAGCGACCCCUUCCCCCGUUGGAGAUCCCUCUGGAGCCUCGGACAACGCAUGAGGAGUUCUCUCUCUUUAAGCUGCCCGAGGGGGAACCUAAGAUCCGUACUUCACCUCAGUUACUCUUAGCCACCCACCGUUUCCUCUCCAGAGAGGUGGAGCAUUUCAGCCCCCAGCGUGUGUCGGAGAAAGUCUUAUUCCACCUCCUACGGCACCCCAGCGUCAACCAGGAGAUUAAAUUCGACCCUGGAAACCGUCUGAGCCCGGAUCACUACCUCUACACUCGGAACCACCCGGUGGACUAUUUCAUUCUGCUGCUGCAGGGUCGUGUGGAGGUGGAGAUCGGGAAAGAGGGGUUAAAGUUUGAGAACGGGGCCUUCACCUACUACGGUGUAUCUGCACUGACGGCGCCAUCCUCAGUGCACCAGUCCCCAGUGUCAACGCAGCGGCGUUCCCCGAGAGAUCCCUUCGAACUCGGGGACGCCACCAGUCCGUCCAGUUACUGUCCCGACUACACGGUCCGAGCCCUCACCGAUCUACAGCUCAUCAGGGUGACGCGUCUACAGUACCUCAACGCUCUGAUGGCAUCCCGCGUGGCACAAAGCCCCGACCCCCCCGAGAUCAAGAUCCUGCCCAACAGCCAAACCAAGCUCCUAAACGAGCGAAACACGACCCAAGGUCCAAGCAGGAGUCAGCAGAGCAGCUCUGCGGAGGAAACUCACGGAUAGACGCGCCCCUUUUUUGACUCUUCUUCCAACGUCUUUCUUCAGCGGUCAUUAAGGGGGUUUUAUUCUUACUAUCUUAAAGACU